AUGAGCACUGUUCAGAUUUGGAGUAUUGUAGUAAUAUUUUGUCAAACGUUAAUUUCCGUCAUAAUCAGCUGGUGGACUCUUGAUUGUCGCUUCGUCCCUAACAGCUCUGAGCUCCAUGAGAUCACACUAAUGAAGCUCCUAUACCUCUACGAUCCAGAAGCUUGUGGUAGGAUACACUUCUACAACGUCACCAUUGUAGACAAUUAUGACUUCCACUCCACAGUCAUUUGGCCUAUUAAGAACAAGUCUAAUAUACAUAUGUACAUUAGAUUUGUAUUCCACAGAAAAAUUCGUUUAUGGCUAUCAGUCCACGUGAUCUGGUUGCUCCUGAGUAUAGUUAACUUUACUCAUGGCCGACGACCCUGUGGUUUCUAUGCUGUCGUACUUCCAUUCACAGGAACUGGUAUCGCCUCUCUGAUUAUCGAUUUGAUAUACACAGGAAUUUUCUUAAGUGAGAUCAAUGUCACUAAUACAGAAAUCGCAAUACUUCUGUAUAUAUCUGAGCCCGGAGCUCUAAAGUGGAUCAACAAACCAUUUCCCUGGCAAUGCCUUCAAGAACGCGACGAAGAUACGAGCUGGAUAUCUCUGCUCUUCGCGUAUAUCAGCUGCAGGGGAAUUGUCCAGUGGUUUGUCAACUUCUGGCUGAUUAAAGAUAAUUAUUUUGAAGGUCUUGCGGCUUACCAUCGCCUUCAAAAAGAAAAAUCUAGAACAACAUCAAGAGCAUGAUAAACUAACACUAAUGAAAUUAUCACAAUUGUAUUUUAAAUGGAAAUAAAAAUGUCCUAAGUAA